CGUAUGUGGGUUUCAUUAACCGUCGCUGCUCCCUCAGAUUCCGACCAAACGCCGCCGCUCUUGUCUACCGAUUGACGCCGCCCUUCCGGUCCUACCUCUGGCAGCCAUAACCGUCCGGCUCUUUUGAAAAGGGUUCUAAGGUGAUCAACCGGUUACUCCAGAAUAAUGGAACUCAUUCAUGGGACACAUAAAGCAUCCAAGUUUACACCACAAGAUUUUAUUACCAACAUGCCUGAUAAUGUGGUAACAAACAUCCUGGAUCGUUUGCCGUUACGAGAUGCAGUGAGGACGAGUAUCUUGGCGAGAAACUGGAGGUUUAGGUGGACUAUGCUUAGCCAACUUGUAAUUGAUGCUCGCUUCUUUAUGUAUUUAUCACAAACAAGAUACAGAAAUGAUCAUGUGAGAGUUUUAAGUAGGAUUCUUCUUCAUCUUAGAGGUGCGGUUACAAAGUUUUCUCUUUCCAUAGACGAGGUAAUUGAUGAUGAAGAUAUUAAUAACUGGAUUUUGUUCUUGUCGAGUAAAGGAAUUAAGGACCUCACUCUUGGGAAUUGGUAUGAAACACCGCUCAAGUUGCAUACCCAUCUUUUCUCUUGUUUAGAGUUAAAACAUUUGAAACUUUCUAACUGUUAUUUCAAUCCGCCACCUACUUUUCAUGGUUUUCCAAAUCUGUUGAGCUUAAAGUUAUCUGUGGUAUUUGAAGAAAACAUCGACCUUGCCUCGUUUUUUACUGGGUGUCCCUUGCUUGAGAGUUUGACCAUCAAAGACCGCGGUAAAGUAGGCAAAGUGAAACUAGUUGAUAUUGCAAAACUUGACAAUCUCAAAAUAUUAUCUUUGCGAUUAUAUGAUCUUGACAUGAAGAUGAUCAAAAGUUCGAGUACUAUCUUUGAGCUUCUGGGUUCUCUUCCAAAACUUCAAGAGCUUGAUUUGGAUUUUAAAGACUGCCAAUUGACAGAAACCGAUGCUAAUAAGAGGUUCUCUACCUCCUUUCCCUGCGUGAAGACUCUUACAUUAUCAGACAUAUGUUUAGACGAUGGUAUGGAGUUAUCAUGUGCUUUUGAUAUGAUUAGGAGCUUCCCGAAUCUGCAGAAUCUUGUAAUUAGAGCAUGUGACCAGUAUGCUGGUCCACCUCCACCUACAGACUACGAUACAACGGGGCUGUUGCAGCUUCGCAGUGUGAUGUUUGGAUAUUUGAAAGGUUCAGAGAAUGAAUUAUGUUUGAUAAAGUAUCUACUGGCGUGUUCCCCUUUUCUAAAAAGGUUUGUUGUUUGUCGUUGGGCGUUUGUUUCGUUGGUUGAAAAGUUGAAGUUUGCUAGGAAGUUGUUGAUGCUCCAUCGAGCCUCCCCCGUAGCUGAAAUCGAGUUCUUAUAGUUUUAGUUGUUUUGAACUUUCUAUAUGUUUGAUGCUCUAAAUAGCGGCAAUGAGAGAUGAAAGACGUUUUUGUUAUUCUGCUAUGAAUUAUGGUGACUUUUGGAUUCUUACUUUGGAAUGGAUCAGAAUGAAGAUGAGAUUUACAGUAAA